AUGCCAGUAUUAAAUAUAGCAAUUCACUGUGUAUUUAACAAUAAAUAAUUUGGCCAAGAAGAGCAUGAGUUUUACUUUAUAUUUGUCAAUCAACUACCUUCAUAUAAUUGUUAAAAGACGAUCUUCAAUUUUUUUCAGUAAAAAAACCGAGAUAUGUUCGUAUCAACACAUUAUUACUGCCACUCGAAAAAGGAAUAUCUCAUUUUCAAGAAGAAGGAUGGUGUCUCAUGCCGAAAUGUUCGAAAUAUACAAAAUAUUUAAACGCAGUAAUGAAUUUAAAACAACCGAACUUCAUUCAAGAUUUUCAUAUUCCGGAAUUACUUGUUUUCCCACCUGGCACAAUUUUUUACCAUCAUGCUAAGUACAAGAAUGGAGAAAUUAUUUUACAAGACAAGGCUAGCUGUCUUCCGUCACAAUUAUUGAAUCCAGCACGAAAAUCCGUGGUACUUGAUUUAUGUGCUGCUCCUGGAAUGAAAACGUCUCAUUUAGCUGCAAUAAUGGAGAAUACAGGGAAAAUUUAUGCAGUGGACGUUGAUAAACGUAGAUACGAAAUGUUAUGUAAAAAGAUUGAGCUAACAGGUGCCUCUUGCGUUGAAACUGUCAAUAAAGACGCGUUAGCUUUGAUGCCAGAUGAAUACCCAAGUGUAGAGUAUAUUUUAGUUGAUCCAUCAUGUUCUGGUUCAGGUAUGUUGGACAGACAGAAAGCGUUUGGCAAAGAGAAAUACGACAGGCAGCGCCUUAAAAGAUUACAAGGUUUCCAAGUUUUCAUUUUACGACAUGCUUUGUUAAAUUUCCCGAACGUGAAAAGAGUCGUUUACAGCACUUGCUCUACUCAUUCAGAAGAAAACGAGCAAGUGGUGGAUGAAAUUCUCGAGAAUGUGCAGAACGCGUAUAAGCUUCUUCCCGCGACAGAGUUGCUAGAUCAUGACUGGCUGAACUUCAGUUCGAAAAUAUACAAUUGCUCAGACAAAUGCCUUUACGCCAAAUCCGACGUGGAUCUGUGCAAUGACUUCUUUAUUGCUGUAUUUGAACGAAAUUUCGAUGUCCCGUUGCCGGAAUACAAAAGCAGGAAACAAGUACAACAAGUACAACAGGUUGCUUCGAACAACCAGGGAAAAGAAGAGAUAGAAGCGCUUGUAGGGAAGGGAAAAGAAGAGAUUAUAUGCGCUGAGAAUUCAAAUACAACAGAAAAACCGGAAAAGCUUGGGAAAAGGAAGAACACGAAUGAAGAAACUUCUCAGACUGAGGAAUCGAACGAUAGUAUUCUCGUUGACAGUGUUUUGAAUGCUUCUUCCGAUUCGAUCCAGUUUGUCCAAGAGAUAGAAAAUGACGACGACGAUGAUUCUCUAUCUCAAAAUAACGAUUCUGUCAUCGAAGACAAUCAGCCAGUAAUUAAAAAGCGGAAAAAGAAAAUUAGUUCAAUGAUCAUGAAACUGCCUCGUAAUAGAUAUCGACUAUCCCUCCAUAAAGAAUUCAAGUUACAAAAGAAGAAAAGGAAAAUCCUCUAAAGAUGUAAUCGUUGCUGAAUGUUCCUUCCAUAGUUGAAAUUUUUUAUACUGGAUUUGCGAACCUGGUUUAUAUAUAGUAACAAAUUAAAGAAAGAAACAGAAAUAAUGUGUGAAUAUUUCUUUUUCUUCCUUUUUCAAUUUUCUUUUUAUCCGCGUGAUACCCUUUCAGUUAUUUUUACCGUCAUUUCCGAUAAGAUCAAUGUCUUUUUUAUCGCGACGGUGUCGCGGCACGAAAUCCAAAGCAUGCAUCACGUAACCGAUCCCACAGAGUUGUCCUUCAGGUCAAACCUGUUAGGAAAUUUCACAGCGAUACAAUGGAAAGAAAUAAACAGAGUAAUCAAUUUAAACGAGACCAUGAAAUUAUGUAUCAGAUUCUGUUAUUUUUCUUUGUCUUUAAUUUCACUCGAUUUCUCCUUUACUCGAUGUACAAGGGUUUUUUUUUCGUGAAAAAGAACAGUAGGUUAAAAAAUUAGUUACUAAAUACCACGUAUUCGUGCUCGCUCGUGCUCAAUUUAACGUCAUUAUUUCUCUCAUGAUCCAAGAGCACGAGAAAUCGUUCGUUCCGAAUAUGAAAUUCGCUCGAAUAAUCACCCUAAAUCUGAACCUCGAGGAUAUUGUUAAAACAUUCCUGAUAAUCCUUAUGAUGUACAUGAUGUUUCCUCAAUGAGCGAUGAAAAAUACGCCUUAGCCACGUACCACUCUUAUCUUGCCUUUCUUGGAACCAAAUGCAUUCCGUAUAAACGCUCUCCUGUGCCUUGUCGCGUUGACCUACAAGGUCUUUGAAUGCCGCCUGAUAACGAUCUCUUGAUAAACUGACCUCUUAUGAAUUCUGGUGAUAUUCGAUGAUAAUAUGGUCAUGGUAAUCGCGUUACAUAUAGCGUAACCGUACCGACUGCGUCAUUAAUUACGUAUAUGCAUGCUAAUGGCCUAAUCUGGCAUCUUUAUAAUUGCCUCUGAAAUGCAAAUACAUAUUACCUUGUACCGCGUGCAUGAUUGAUUUGAGUAAUAUAAACAUACUAAUAUUGUAAUAGUAACUAAUAUUGUAAUAAUGUAAGUAUAUGAACAAGUAAUAAUAUAAGUACAUGAAUAAGUAUAUAUACUAAUAUAAGUAUACUAAUAUUGUAAUAAUAUAAGUAUGCUAAUAACUAAUAUUGUAAUGUAAGUAUAUGAACAAGUAAUA